AUGUCAAACGUAGACGAUGAUUUGGUUCCUGAACAAGUAGAAGGAUACACCGUUGGCGAAAAGAAAACAAUUGACGAAUACAAUAAACUAGAUGCUGAGGAUGAAAGUUUGGCCAAGUGGAAAGCAUCACUUGGUUUAUCUACUACUGAAACACCAUACCCCGUCAAACCCAACGACAACAGGAAAGUAGUUGUUACUGAAUUGGCAUUGGAGUUUCCCGAACAACCUGAUUUACAACCAAUUAGAAUAAAUUUGGAAGAUACUGAUGGUAAUACCAUUUUGAACAAGCAGAUCAAAUUUAGCAUCAAGGAAAAAUCAAUUUAUCAAUUGGUUGUUAAAUUUAGAGUCCAGCAUGAAAUCAUCACUGGAUUGAAAUAUUUGCAUUCAGUAAAACGAGGUGGGUUAAGAGUGGAUAAAGUUGAAGAACCAUUGGGGAGUUACGCCCCCAAUACGGUGGAGAAUCCAUAUUAUGAACGUAAAUUUACUGAAGUUGAAGCUCCUUCGGGGAUGAUUGCUAGAGGUACUUAUUCUGCUGUUUCCAAGUUUGUUGAUGAUGAUAAAAAUGUUCAUUUAACUGUUCCUUGGAGUUUUGCUAUUGUAAAGUGA